AGCUCGGCUUAUCGGCUAUGCUGGCUUUGCUUUUUUGAAGCUUCUAUAUUUCCCUUUCUCUUUCCAUUGAUAGCUCAGACACACACUUUUUUCUUUCUCCUCUUUUCUUUGUUGCUCAGGCCUCAAGGAAACAAAGAAGAAACAAGAGAUCUUCCAACCCCCCCCCCCCCCCCCCCCCCCCCAACUUUCUUCCAUUCCUCCUCACUCUCUCUCCCAAUUGGGGUUCUCACCCACUUGUGCUUCUCUUCCUUAGUUUUCCUAGUUGGGAUUCCAAAGAGGUACAAGAAGCUGCAGAUAAAACUGUGUUAGCUUUCUUUACCUCUGUUGCAAGCUUUACCCAAUUGGGCUUUAUCCUUCUUCUGUGUUUGUGGUUUGCUGAGACUUCAAUGGGUUCAGAUCCCAUUAGUGGUUCUGGGGUUUUAUCUUCGAGUUUUUGGUUUUAAUAUUAUUUUCAAGACCAAUUCUUUGAAUAUCGGAAAGGUGGGUCUUUGUAGAUUCCUAUACAGAUAAAGGUAUUCUGAUUCCUUUUCUAAAUGCUCCUUGAUUUAACACUGAUAUUAUCAUUCUGAAACCUCCACCUCUUCUUCUGCAUUUCCUGUACGCACUUGUUCUUCGUCUCUCUGCUCUGUUCCUCCUCUGUUUCCAAUCCCCAAAAUUUUAAUGCUGUGAAUUAGAGGUACUUGAUUUGGUAUUAUGAAGCUGGAAAUGGAAAUUCUCUCCCCUUCAUCCUAUUUCUUAGCCUCGGAUUGGCUCCUUGAGGAGACCAAGAGCUCGAAAUGGACUCCAGCGGAGAACAAGAUGUUCGAAAACGCCUUGGCCUUGCACGACAAGGAUACGCCGGACCGGUGGCACAAGGUGGCGGCGAUGAUACCUGGGAAGACGGUAGGGGAUGUGGUGAAGCAGUACAAGGAGUUGGAAGCUGAUGUGGGAAAAAUCGAGGCGGGCCUAGUCCCAAUUCCGGGAUAUGGUACCUCCCCAUUCACAUUGGAAUGGGUGAAUAGGCAUGGCUAUGAUGGAUUCAAACAAACUUAUGGGAUUGGUGGCAAGAGAUCUUCAUCAACUAGACCUGCUGAUCAUGAAAGAAAGAAAGGAGUUCCAUGGACAGAGGAUGAACACAAGCUGUUUUUAAUGGGACUGAAAAGGUACGGCAAAGGGGACUGGAGGAACAUUUCUCGGAAUUUCGUGGUAACCCGAACCCCGACUCAGGUGGCUAGUCAUGCACAGAAGUACUUUAUCAGGCAGCAUUCAGGGGGAAAAGAUAAGAGAAGAGCGAGCAUACAUGAUAUAACAACUGUGAAUCUCAGUGAUACCAGAACUCCAUCUCCAGAUAACAAGCCUCCCUCGCCGCCGGAUCACCACCACUCAGCUGCUUUCCCUCAGCAGCCGAAUUCUGCCAGGAUCCCGCCUUUCCAGUGGCAUCAGGGCGGCAAUGGAGCAAACAUGGCUUUUGGUCAAGCUCAUGGGAACAUGUUCAUGUCCAAUACUUUCGGUAUUGGUUCUUAUGGACUUAACAAAAGCGCGGUUCAUGAAUCUUACUAUGCACCUCAGAAUAUGGUUUUUCAGAUGCAAUCCGCACAGCACUACCCUCAUGGAUGAUAAUCUAGCAGCUUUUCUACUAAAUCAUCUGCGGGAUUUAUGUCCCAUUAUGGUCUUUUAGUUCAUUAGUAGAGCGGGGCGCGCUAUAUCUGAGUCUUGUUUUUUGCUUUCAUGGUUUCUUGUGAAUAUGUCAUUCAGAACUUUGAGUUAGUCUUAAGUAUUAUAAGGGGGAACAGGAUCAACUCCUGGAAUUUCAACUUAUGGAAUAUGAAUGAAAACCGAGUUGAAGCAUCUCGAAAA